CACAACUCAUUUACUCAUAUUUAGCUUUCCGUAUUCAAAUGCAUGUUUUCAGUGUAACGUCUUCUCUUACAGUUUAUCUACGGUUUCUUGAAAACUUGUGGAUAAAACAAACAAUCCAAUCAAGAAUGGCGAAGAAACUGAAGCACCUCCGUCCUCAGCCGCGUAAAUCUUCAUUGACGACGCAGGCUUUCACAGUUCUUAUACUUGUACCCUUCUCCAUUCUCAUUCUUCUUGGUCUCGGUAUCGUUUCACUGCCCAGGACCAGCAUGAUCUCUUCAAGGCCUCCAGAUUUGACAACUGUUGAACGGACUAGCGAGCAGAGGGAGAGUACUUAUGGAGACGAAGAAAGUAGUGGUGAGCGUUGGCUUGAAGUUAUAUCGUGGGAGCCUAGAGCUUUCCUUUACCACAAUUUCUUGACAAAUGAAGAAUGUGAUCACUUGAUUAGUCUUGCAAAACCUAACAUGGCCAAGUCAAAGGUGGCUGAUGUCAAAACUGGAAGGAGAAAAGACAGCAGAGUACGAACAAGUUCAGGAGCUUUUCUUAAAACUGGGCAUGACGAAAUAGUGAAAGAAAUUGAGAAUAAGAUUUCAGAUUUCACAUUCAUUCCUGUAGAAAAUGGAGAGAGUCUACAAGUUCUACAUUAUGAAGUUGGGCAAAAAUAUGAGCCUCACCAUGACUAUUUCACAGAUGAGUUCAACGUCAAAAGGGGAGGGCAACGAGUAGCCACUGUCCUUAUGUACCUCUCGGAUGUUGAUGAAGGUGGCGAGACAGUUUUCCCUUUGGCCAAAGGAAAUAUUAGUGAUGUCCCAUGGUGGAACGAGCUCUCACAAUGCGGUAAAGAAGGACUCUCUGUUCUGCCAAAGAAGAGGGACGCUUUGCUCUUCUGGAGUAUGAGGCCUGAUGGGUCUCUAGACCCUUUGAGUUUGCAUGGUGGCUGUCCAGUGAUUAGAGGAAACAAGUGGUCAUCAACUAAAUGGCUUCACGCUCACGAGUACGAGAAUUGAGUUAAAAAAAAGAAGAGGUUUCCAUGAUCUCAUCUCAUUAACAUCAUCGUGUACUAGUAGUAUGUGUAUCAUUGUUAAUCUCAUCCUGAUUAAGUAAAACUUACUAAAACGCUGCACCAGCAAAAUAGCGUUC